UGGCUGACCAUGUCGAAGUGAGGAGUGCGCCGACCGAGCUCUCUCCGGUCGUGAGUGAAACUUGGAUAAUUAUCGUUUUUGAGGCUGUAUUACGCCGUCCACGGGCCGGGCCACCUCCCAUGUGCUUCUUUCCCACUCACACGAGCCUGUGGGGACUUAAUUCAUUCGGAUAUCAUCCAUUUUUGACGAAGGUUUCGCCGAUCAAAACCACAUUUGUGUAAAACUUCUCGGGAUGAAAUUCUGAACAUUCCAUUGCACUUACGAGACCCGAGAUACCUGUCUCGCAUCUUUAUCUCGCGGGAGCGAGGGCAAGGCAAAGAGAAAGAGAGAGAGAGAGAGAGAGAGAGAGAAAGGGGUGAAUACGAAAAAAGAGAACAUGAGCGAAUAUGAGUACUAAAUGACGGGAGACGUCUUUUUAAACUUCCACGACGACGGAGUCGUCUGUCAUUGAAGGGUGACGUCACAGCUGAGAACUGGCGUGCAAACACUUGGCGUUUUAAAGUGACACGGGAAAAUAGUGAAAAUAAAAGAUACGAAAAAAAAGAGAGACAAAAUGAUUCUUUCAGCACUUCAGUGUGGUCGUGUGAACUUUGAAAAUCAGUGAAUGUGAAGGAAAAUAAAAGUAGUUUCAGGACUCGGUGACAUGACAUAACGAAAAAAUGAUGAAGGAAUACUUUUACAAUGGCGAGAAGGGCGAAUAUAGUGAUACGUGUUUAAAAUGAAAUGUAGAAUUCAAUCGCUGAAAGUCAGACGGGUUUAGAUUGAUAUUAUUUCCAAGGAGAGAGUGAGGGGGUAGGGAGGAGCGUAGUGACUCAUUUAAUGAAACCAAAGAUGUUACAGUACAAUUUAUAAGAAAAAAUUGAGUUAACGUUAAGUCAUGUCCAGCUACAUAACAUCCACGGCUUUUCCCAGCUGGUACUACCAGCCAGCUGCUGCUGCAGCUGACUCAGGGAGGCCACCGGGAACCAGCAGCUUCAACGCUGAGGACGCCUGGUCCUCCUCCUCCUCGGCAGCAGCAGCAGCAGCAGACGCCCUGACUCACGAGCCAGCGGUGAGCGGAGACAACCCCCCGUGGGCCACCCAUCUGGGAAACGCCUCCAUAGUGGUCGAGGACAGCAAUUCCUCAGACGGGCUGGAAGCCUUGGCCGCCGAGACCCACGGAAUGAACCGCUCCAUCUGGCACGGCUCGCAGAUCCACAUGAGCAUGGACCUGGAAGUCUUCCCAGAGUGGGCGGUGGGGAUGUGGACGGGCGUCCUCGUGUUCCUCAUGGUCGUGGGCGUGACGGGGAACGUGCUGGUGCCCAUCGUCGUCAUGAGGACCAGGGAGCUCAGGUCCUCGACCAACCUGCUGCUGGUGAAUCUGGCCGCGGCUGACCUGCUGGUUCUGUUGGUGUCUCUUCCGACGGCGCUGACAGAACUCCAUUCCAGACCCGAGACCUGGGUCCUUGGGCAACAUAUGUGCAAACUUGUGCCAUUCGUGGAGUACUGUGUGUGCCACGCGUCUGUGCUCACUAUUCUGGUCAUCAGCUUCGAGCGGUACUACGCCAUCUGUCAGCCGCUGCGGGCGUCCUACACCUGCACGAAGAUGAGGGCGUGCACCUGCAUCCUCACCAUCUGGGCAGCUGCUGUGGUCCUAUCGUGCCCAAUGCUGAUCCUAAGCUGGCACGGUUUCGCCAACUACAAGGACGGGUCCAAGGUUCUGGUCUGCAUCACCGACAUGACAACUUUCUGGGCGUGUCUGUACAUAAAUCUGGUCACAGCCGUUUUCUUCUUCGUUCCUCUGGUUCUGCUCAUUCUCCUGUACCUUAUCAUAGGCAGGAGCCUCAUGCAGGAUUCCACUUCAGCUGCCCUUCAGAACCACAAGAUUGAUCUUCCAAACAUGAAAGCUAGGAAACAAGUGGUUGUGAUGCUGGCGACAGUCACUAUAUUCUUCUUCAUAAGCCUCUUCCCUUUUCGAGUGUUCACUCUCUGGAUAGUGUGGAAUCCAAAGGAAGUCAUUGAAGCUGCGGGAGUCUUCAAGUAUUAUUGCAUGCUGUACAGUGCCAGGGCAAUGCUCUUCGCCAAUUCUGCAGUCAAUCCUAUCCUCUACAACCUGACGUCAACCAAAUUUAGAGAAGCAUUCGUCAAACUGCUGUGUAAUGAUCGACGAAGGCAGCUUAGCAGACAGUCCACUUUUAACACGACGGGUACAUCAAUGUCUAACGGUCGCAGUGCGUCCUCUCGUCCAGCAGAUGCUAAUUCCGUCAAAAAGGUAGACCUCGCCUUCUGUGGGAAGGACUCUCCUCUAGUAGACCAUCCCCUGCCUAGACCCAGCAUGGCCCGUUACGGGCGCCAAAGUAGCUUUGCGGGAGCGUAUAAUUAUUCCAGUAUCUCUGGAAACUCUCCAUACCAUUCCAGCAGGCACAGCAGCCGUGUCAAGGAGGGAAGUGUCGAGAGACACCCGGAAACGAGGAGGUGUCGAAGUGAGGAAAAAGGCUGCUCUGCUGAGGGCAAAAGGCUCCUGGAGAACGAGAGGCAGGUAUUCACCCGCAUCCAGGAGGAGAAACCAACAACCAAGGGCUGUUUGAAGUACAACAGCCAACUGAAGGAACAAGAAAAGAUAGUUGCCGAGAUGGAAAAGCUCCUUUCAGAUAUUCCUCACGAAACAGAUGACCAAGACACUCCUCCGGACAGUCCUUCAAGGUCACCGAAAAGCUCUACCAAAGAGGCUACACCUGAGGAGGCCAAAUCAUCAGGAGAAGCCAACGAUGAAGAGCAUCAUGACACUAUAGAAAACGAAGACUCAGAAGUCCAAGAAGAGAUAGAAAACGGCAAUGCUGAAACGAUCGUUGUUAAUGAAAAUGGAAAUUCUGAAAUUCUAGUUGUUAGAGAAAACGUAAAGACGGUGCUCUUUUGUGAGAGCCUGAGUACAAAAAUCAGCCUGGUGUGAUAACAUCACAAUGUUUUAAAAGUGUAUAUCAAUGGAGGCUAUGUAUGGUUUAAUGUAAGUAUCUAUGUCAGUCUAAAUAACAUUUGGACAUGUGCUGAUGAAGACGAUGCGUUUUCAGAUCUUAAGUGUUUGGUAACAGGUAAAAGUACCACCAUACGGAAAACAGAAGAAUGAAACAGUAUUCUUGAAUACAUCUCCUUGUUCUUUGACAAACUUUUAUCUGUAAUAUAUUCAGAUUAUUCCUCAAUAUUUCCAUUAAACUAUGCUGUAAACGAAUACUCCAGAGUCUAGUCUACCAGGGUAAUCAUUUGGGUGGACCCGCCUUUGUCUCGCAAGACAGAUGGGUCAUUGAAAAAAAAAAAAAAACUAAGGGCAUUUACGCACAGGGAAUAUCCAUCGAAGAAAAAAAGGAAAUCAUAGACAUGUACCUGCCAUAAUAAAAGAAAAAAAAAAUCUACUUAAUUCAUACAAUUCAUCUCCGGUUGAAUUUGUCUCUUGCCAAAUUAAACCUAUGAUAAUUCUACACUCCAACUCGUCACAUACAUAAACACUAUGUAU